GCAAAAUUUGUGUCCAGAACUUGUUGGGGGACAAUAGGGGUAGGGUUGAAAUCCAAGGACACUUGUGAUGAACAAUGUGCCUGGGACCAAGAGUAUAAGAGGAUUAGUCCGAAAGACUUCAGAGUAGAGAAGAGUCGGGCUGCUGUGAGAGUCGAAGACAGGAACUGUGGGAGACUAGCCAGGAUCACACAGGUACUGCAUUAUGGAAGAUUCAGAAAGAGAAUUAUUGAAAUUUAAAGGAUUUUAUUUUCAGCGUAAAGGAUUGGAUAUUGGCUUUUUAGAAAAUUUAGAUGAUUUUAAAAUUAGAGAUGAUGAUGUCUUCGUAGUCACAUACCCCAAAUCUGGAACCAUCUGGUGUCGGCAGAUAUUAAGCUUGAUUUAUUUUGAAGAACAUCGCAAAAGAACAGAAAAUGUGGAAACAAAUCUUCGUGUCCCCUUUCUUGAGUACUCUAAACAUAUAGAUUUUGGCAAAAGACCAUCUCCUCGUCUCUUCGUUACCCAUCUUCCAUACAACUUGGUUCCAAGAGGGCUAAAGAACAAAAAAGCCAAAAUUAUAUAUGUAUACAGAAACCCUAAGGAUGUUAUGUGCUCAUAUUUCCAUUUUCUAAACACAUAUUCAACCUUUAAAGCUGAGGACACCAUGGAGGCAUUUAUGAAACAAUUUUUGGAAGGGAAAGUGGUAGGAAGCCUUUGGUUUGACCAUAUCAGAGGUUGGUAUGAGCACAGAAAUGACUUCAAUAUUCAGUUCAUGAUGUAUGAAGAAAUGAAGAAGGAUCUCAGAAGUUCUGUGUUAAAACUCUGCAAAUUUCUGGGUGAAGACCUGAAUGAGGAGAGUGUGGAUGCUGUGGUGAGACAGGCCACAUUUGAGAACAUGAAGGAUGAUCCACUAGCAAACUUUGAAAACAUACUUAAGACGAAUGUUGGAUUAAAACGUGAAGGCCAUUUUCUUCGCAAAGGUACCAUUGGAGACUGGAAAAAUCACAUGACUGUCGAGCAGAAUGAAAAAUUUGACAAGAGUUUUCAAAAGCAGAUGAAAGACUUUCCAUUGCAGUUCAUCGGGAUGUAAAUGAAACACAGAAUUAAGCUCAGCACACAGAAUCCUAAGAAAGCACCUUCAGCAGGAAAUACAUUAAAUCAUACACUUCAAUCUUUGAUUCUCUGAACCACGUUACAAGAUCUCACUUAUUAAUGAAUAUUAAUAUAAUGACCUUUAUAUUUCUGCCAUCAGGAGAGCUUUCCAUUUCCAGGCAUUCCUGCAUUUUUGAUCCAGUGAGAAUUCCUCAUGUCGCUUUGGUAUAUAAUCGUGGAUAGUUGUACUUUUUGUUUUACAUUUACUUACAAACUGCUUAUGAUCUUUCUGCCAUAUUCAGAAUUUUGAUUUUCAUGUAAUAUUAUGAGUCCCUCUUUCAUUACAUGGCUUGUGUGUUUUAUGUUUUACUCUGGAGGACUCUUUCUCAAAUGUAUUCAUAUAUUCAUAAGUCAUAUCUUUCUUUUAUUUGGAUUUUAUUCUCAGGCUAUAAGAAUACUAUUUAAUUAUUUCUUAUGAAUAACGAGUUCACGUAACAUCACUUACUACUUAAAAUAGAUGUUAUUAUUUUCCAAAUAAUUGUAGGUAUAAAAGUUGACUCUGUAUAUACUGUUCUGCUUUUGUUUCCUUUAUUAAAACCAUUCCACUUAAAUUUCUAAAAUGACAUUAUGAACUCUUAUAUAGAAUCCUGUUGGAAUUUUGUUAGUUACUGCUUUACAUUUAAGAAGUAAUUUAAAAUUGACUUUAUAAAUUGAGACUUGCCAUUCAGAAAUAUUUUGUGUUCAUCAUUUAUUUGCGUUUUUAUUCACAUCAGUUGCUACAGAUACCUGGUCCUUAUAAAAGCCUUACUAAGUUGCAGUUAAGUUUAUUCCUAAAGAGGUAUAUGUAAAUUUGUAGCUAACAGGAGGACGAUGUUCAUUCAGUUGUGUUUUUUAAAUGCUUUGCUGCUGUUUGUGGAUUUCGCCUGCUCAUCCAUAAUCUGAGAUUCUGGAGUUAGACUUGGCUGAGUGGAAAGCAAUGCAGUUAGUCUGAGGUUGGCAGUACUAUAGAUGGUGACACCACCAGCCGGCUGAUUCUGCAUUUGCACCGGGAUACCCACUCUCUCUGUCUCCACCUUGGGCUGCUGGCUGCCUCACCUGCUCUUAUUUCAAUUCCCCCUAUCAUUCUGUUCACCUUUCUUAAGAAACACACAUUAUUUCUCUCAUAAUCUACUGCUUUAAAGAAGAACACAAAGGGCCCAGAAACUCUUGCACCAGGAGAGGAUUCACCAUUCCCCUUGUCCCUCCUUGUACACUGCCUUUGCCUUUCUGGGCUCCUUUGUCUCACAGGCUCACAAAUUUCAUGUGUGUAAGUUUAAAAGGAGACAUAUGUUUCCAGAGAAGCAUUCCAUUUCUCCCCCUUAUUUAAAAUAUUUUUUUAUUUUUAAUUAUUAUGGUACAUAAUGUUAAUAUUUGUAUAUCUUUAUAGAGUACAUGUGAUGUUUUGAUACAGGCAUACAAUGUGAAUUAAUCCAAUCAGGGCAAUUGAGGUGUCCAUCACCUUUGGCAUUUAAUAUUUGUUUGUGUUAGGAACAUUCCAAUUUCACUUUUUAAGUUAUUUUGAAGU